AUGGUAUCCGAAUCCGACGCUCAACAGAUUUAUAAAUCGGCCAUUCACUUCGAUGGGCUCAAUAUAGCUAAUUGGUCGAGGGAGAUCUUUGAGGCCUGGCAUAAGGGUGGCAUUACCGGAGUUUCCUGCACUUGCGGAUUAUGGGAGGGUUUCAGACAGUCAAUUGCCAAUGUCGUACAGUGGAAAAAAUGGUUUGAGGAGCAUUCUGACCUGAUCGUUCAGGCUCAUACUGUGGCAGACAUACGGAAAGCGAAACGGGAUGGGAAAACUGCCGUCUUACUCUCAUGGCAGAAUACAGCUGGUAUUGAAGACCAACUGGACUACUUGCGCGUAUUUCGCGAUCUCGGCGUACGCAAAAUGCAGCUCACAUACAAUACACAGAACUACUCGGGUGCGGGCUACACCGAGUUGAACGACUCUGGCCUCACCGGGUUCGGUCGCGAGGUCGUUGAUGAGAUGAGCAAACUUGGAAUUGUGCUUGACCUCAGUCACGUAGGCCCCAAGACCUCCGAGGAUGCCAUCAAUUAUUCUCCUAAGCCGCCGUGUUUCUCACACGUCCUGCCCGGCGGACUCAAUAACCACCCUCGAAAUAAGUCCGAUUAUCUCAUCAAGCUUAUUGGAUCAAAGGGCGGUUUCGUUGGUCUUUCGCAGUUUGGACCCCAUAUGGCCAAAGGGAAUGACAGUACUAUCGACGACUACGUUGCUGCGUUAGAUUAUGUCAUUGGACUGGUUGGCGAAGAUUUGGUUGGCAUCGGCUCUGAUUCAAGCGAAGGUCAUGGCCGACCUAGUGAGUUCAUGGCUUGGUGUAACAAGGACAAGGGCUAUGCUCGCCAGUUAACUCCUUGGGGAAGUCAAAAGGUCGUUAAACCUCUUGGUCCACUAGCAGAGCGCGAAAAGCUAGCCGAAGCCAUGGCAAGAGCAGGCUGGUCCGAGGAGAAGAUGCGUAAAGUUCUUGGGGAAAACUGGCUCAACUAUCUGGAAAAGAUUUUUGGCCAAUAG